CACUGGCACCCCUAACGAUCAGCUGUCAAAUUUGUUUUGGUUUUCGACGCGUGCAGUUUUUUGUUUUUUCUUUCAAACGUUUUCAAAUUUAACUUAAAUAAACGAAAUGGUUGUUAAAAUGAAACAAAAGCAACGUCGCAGUGGUCUUCCGCCACCACCACCACCCCCAGAAGAAUUGGAAGAAAUGCCACAAGACGACGACAUGCAAGAUUCACCAAAGGAACAGUCGGCGAGCUCAGAAGCUGUGAACUCGGAAGAUAACAUGUGCGCAGGUAGCAUGCAACCUACAAUAGUCAAAAAUGAUGGUACAGAUGAAGACGACGACGAGAUGGACUUGGGCAACUUCAGUGUGAAACCAAAAAAGAAACGCAAGAAGGGCAUCAUUUACGUAUCGAAUAUCCCCAAACACAUGAACGUUACACGAAUACGUGAAAUAUUAGGAGAAUAUGGCAAAAUCGGACGCGUAUAUUUACAGCCCGAAAAGCUGCCCGGCAACAACGAUAAAAAGAAGAAACGCAAACGUAUUGCACGACACUUUACAGAAGGUUGGGUUGAAUUCGAAUCAAAGCGCGUUGCCAAACAAAUUGUUGAGCUUUUAAAUAAUAAACAAAUUUCCACCCGUAAAAAGUCGCAAUUCUAUGACUAUCUGUGGAGCAUGAAAUAUUUACCACGCUUUAAGUGGGUGCAUCUUACCGAGCGCAUGAACUACGAGCAAGCCGUACAUAAACAACGUCUGAACACCGAAGUAUCGCAAGCGCGUAAAGAAACUACAUUCUUCCAGAAUAAUUUGGAUAAGAGUGAGUUUUUGAAGAAAAAAAGCAAGAAGGCCACUAAGGGCAAGGAAUCGCAGAUGACGGAUGAGUGAUGUGGAAAAGGAAAUCAAUGGAAAUUUUAAGUU